ACUCGGGAACUUGUUUCGAACUUGUCAGGUCUCAUCAGCGGAGCUCUGAGCGUCUGGCCGAACCUGGAUCUACUAGUAAAGCACGAAAGAUGAUGAAGGCGAUUCAGACCUGUGUGUUGAUGCUUCUUCUGGUGCUUUUCGCGCACUCCAAAGGAUACAGCCUGUGCAAUGGGACUUGCACGCUGGGAAUGACAUGCGUAUCCUCGCCAGCUGGAGAUAGUUGCAGAUAUGUGAUGAAGCAUACUGGCAGAAGUACAUUCACAACCACCACCAUGACAGAUUUGGUAAUAGACGUUGAGUUCUUUGACCAAGGCUCGAAUAAAUGGAACUCGACAAAACACUUCACGGCUCUGAAACAAACGCCGUUCCUAAUUGUGAUGAACGAUGGACAAACGGGAACCUAUUUCCGAUCUCGAAUCACCGCGAAAAGACCUCAUAUCACGACUCUGUCAAUCGUGUCAACCGGAGUCGCACCAGUCGGCCUUCCCACCUAUCGCUGGUCCACGCCGCCACUCCCCAAUGCCAUCGCAAGACGCACCCCGCAGCACUUGAUGGUACCAUUACCGGCUGUUCCAGGAUCUCCCAAUCUGACCGUUGAAUUCGGCAAAUUUGGCGCAAAUUAUUCCCAGCUGGUCAAUACGUCAGUCAGCCGAAUAGAAGGGAUUGUAAACUUGAGGUCCAGUCGCCAUUACAAGGUUCGCGUGUCAAGUCCUGCGGCUUACGGAAUCUUUGGUCAAGCUGCUUUCUCCAUGGAAGCAGUAUUCUAUAUUCCCAAUUGGUGCAACUACAUGGGACGCUAUAUUUACGACAACAAUGUUAUUAAUAAUGACUGUGGAUUUUCACGUUGCACAUGUAUGAGCGGAGUGGCCUAUUGCCCCCACAAUCCAACAUGUGAAAAGCUAGUCUGUUCUCAAGAAACGAGAGGUUGCUGUGGAGCAUGCGGCAUUCAAAGUCCUUGUGAUUUAAACUGUACCCAAGGAAAAACAUGUUUGCUCGGAGGAACCGGAAAAAGUUGCCGAUAUGUGAUGCAACACAAUGUUUUACCACUAUUUCUGGACCUGACUAAAAUAGAUGUUCACGUGUUUGACUACGCGCGGAAUCUUUGGUAUAAGACACCCAACUUUACGGUUGUAGAUCAAAGACCGAUCCUGAUUGUGAUGAACCUUGGACAAAAAGGAAUCCAUUUCAGAUCCCGGAUCAACUCUAGCACUGUUGAUAUCAGUCCUUGGUUUCCUCCUUAUAUCACCAAUCAGUCAAUUGUGUCUACCAGAAAUCCAUAUAUUGUAUACAAUUGCACUGUGCCGGAUAUUGCUAACGGCACUACGAACAACACAUACAUCAUGUAUGGUGAAGCACUGGUCUACACAUGCAGUAAGGGCACAGCACCACCAAGCGAGACUCGAGCAAUCUGUCAAGCAGACGGCACUUUUAGUGCAAUGCCCAAAUGUGAAUUAAUCAAUUGCACUGUGCCGGAAAUUGCUAAUGCCACUACGAACAACAUAUACAUCAGGUAUGGUGAAGCAUUGGUCUACACAUGCAGUAAGGGCACAGCACCCCCAAGCAAGACUCCAGCGAUCUGUAAAGCAGACGGCACUUUAAGCUCAAUGCCCAAAUGUGAAUUAAUCAAUUGCACUGUGCCGGCAAUUGCUAACGGCACCACCAGCAGACAUUACGUCAUGUAUGGUGAGGCAGUGGUAUACACAUGCAAUACUUUUACAGUACCGCCAAGCGGGAAUCGAGCUAUCUGUCAGGCAGAUGGCUCGUUAAGCCCAGUGCCCCAUUGUGAAUCGGCGACUUGGAAUGAUUGUGAUGAUGGAAAAACACAAAUUUAUACCAACCAAACGAUCUCGGACUGGAUAAGUACGGAGAAACAUUGUCAAACAAUAGGUGGUCACCUUAUCAGCCAUGAACAGGCUCAGGCGUGCCACAAACAAAUCACCAAACAGACAUAUUCCUACCCGAGCAAGAGAUAUGUUAACAUCGGCUCCACAAGAUUGGUCGAUGCACCACACUUCCGCUCUGUUGGCAACAACUUGAAGGUUGAUAACUUUCUUCCUAUCCAUAUCGUUGAGCCGUAUUCUAAAAGAAACAACGUGUUGAGCUGUGCAAAAUCGACAGUGACUGGCAAUAGGAAGUCUGCUGUGCAUUGCCAAAUCGAUGACCUCACCUGGCGGCACGGAGGACCAGUACGGUUUGCGCAAGGUCCAACCCAUUUCCCUAUAGUAUGCGCCCGCAAGAAAGGAGAGAGCCCCGUCACCUCCAAUUGUGUCGCCAAUGGACAGACCGGCAUCUACCUCUACCACACGAUUGCCUUUGGUUUCGAGCAUGCUCUAGAGGCCUGUAAACUGCACGGUGGCCGACCUAUUCUCUCAUCGGGUGGCGAGAGAGCAUGCGCAGCCAAACUCCUGACCGAAUCCAAAAUCCUGCGCGAUAAUGAUGUGAGCGGCGUGGAACUGUUCACCAACGAUACAACCCUUGAGUCGGGAAAGAGGUUCUGUCACUACCUCAAGGUAUCCACCAAUACCGCGGUGAAAUACGAAUGCAACUUGAACAAGCCAGUGGUUUGCGUGAGCUCUAAGGCACGGAGCGCCGAUAGUGGAGAUUUGCCACAACCGUCCCUUGAAGUGGAAGAAGAUGCGGCACCAAGCUCCGAUAGUGAAGCGCCCACAGCAGAAGAAGCCUUCUUUAUCGUUGUUCACGUUCAGUGCUUGCCUCAUCCAUAUAUGCACGUGCCACCGACACCACAGACUCAGCCCCAGCACUGCCGAUGA